AUGACCACUACGGGCUUUGGCGAUGUCGUCGUCACCAGUACUCUGGGCAAGAUCUUGACAAAGAAGCUUGUCAUCAAUGGCUUGUACUUUAUGGUCUACUGGCUGGUCGGAUCGUUGGUCUUUGGCCUCAUCGAGGGCUGGCCGCUGACCCACUCGCUCUUCUUCACCCUCACCACCCUCUGUGCCAUCGGCUAUGGCACCAUCGCUGUCGCUACCCCAUGGGCGCGCAUGCUCUUGGUAGUCUAUGGCUUUGCUGGCCUCGCUCUGCUCUCCUUUACCCUCGCCGCAGGCCAACGAGUCCUCUCGCGCUCGCUCAAGGCUCGCUUUGUUUCGUCGCCGCUCGCCGACGCCGCCACUGCCGAUGAAUCGCGCUCGCAGUUCCAGCUCCGCCACUUGCGGCGAGCCCUGGCCAUUUUCUUCGGCACCUACGUCACUGCUGUCGUCUUCUUCUGCAUAGUCGAGCGGUGGUCGAUCCUCGAUUCGAUGUUCUUCUGUGCAGAGACGGUGACCACGCUCGGCUACGGCGACCUUGCGCCGUCGGCCCCUGCCUCCGAGUUUAUCUCGCUCGCCUUUGUCUCUAUCUCGAUGCUCAUGGUCGGCUACGUGCUCUCGCUCAUCGGCGCCCCGCCCACCGCUGUCCUCGACCCAGCCCCACUUGGCCCGGUCUCAUGGCCGUCGUCGGCUGACAUCUCGCCCGAGUCGGAGCCUGAGCCUGCCGAGCGCGAGCUCGACUUUUCCGUCGUCCGAGGCCGGGUCGUCGACGAGCUCGACUCGGCAGACUCGAGCAUGGAGGCGCUCGACGGCUUGCCGUUUGCGAGUGACGAUGGCAGCGACGCCGCUGCUGCGCCGCUCACUGCGCUCGUCGCCGCUGCUGCGCCGCGCUCGCCGUCGCGCAGACCCUCGGUCUUCUUCCGCAACAUCCUCUCGCCGCUCUCGUCCUCGCUCAACGUCUUCCCCACAUCGGCGUUUGUCCAGUCGGCGCUCGCGCCGGACCAGCACAACUGGGUCCGCGAGUUCCAGAUCACCGGCACUGUGGCCGCCUUUAUGUACAUCACCCUCGCGGUGGCGCUCAUGUGGAUCGAGGGCUUCUCCUGGGUCAAUGCCUUCUACCUCGCCGCAGUCACCCUCUCGCUCGUCGGCUACGGCGACCUCGUUCCACGCACCGAGCUCGGCCGCGGCAUCACCAUCAUCUUUGCGCUCGCCUCGCUUGGCCUCAUGUCCUACUCGCUCACCCUCAUUCAGGAGGUCUCGGCCAACACCGUCCGCGAGCGGUUUAUUGCCGAGCACGAGGAGAGCCUGCGGAGCCGGACUGUCACUCCCGCGCCGCUGGAGCCGUACGCAUUGGAAGACUCGGUGGAGAGCGCCGGCGUUUAGUGCUUUUAGCUAUCGUCGAGAGCCUGCUGGAGAAGCGCGCCCAGCUUGAUUCGCUUCUUCUUCUCCUUGUCAUACGCCUUGAGCAAGACCCGCAUCUCGUGCUCGGUCUUGGUCACCGCUUCGCGGGCGCACGCUGCGUCGGCUGCAGCGUCGGCGGCCGCCGCC